CGAGUCUUCGCGUUGUAAUGGUACGGUUCGCGCAACUUGACACGACUCGAUUCGGUUCGGCGUGGUGCGGCGCCUGGCGGCACCAUUGGUUGCCGUCGACCCGGCAAACGAGAUAGACACCGGUCGCCGUUGUGUCGCGUGUUGUCCGUGUGUCGCCAGUUUUUCUCUCUCUCUCGUCCAUUAGUUCCGCUCGUAAUCAUCCGCAUACAUUCGUCGUCGCGCUUCACCCUGGUUUCUUGGUAUUCGUCACAGCGAGCAGCCGGUUUAUUCGCCACUCUCCGCAGCACUUUUUUUUGUUUGCCCGCCCGAUGAUCAGCAACGCUCGUCGUGGAGAUCGUCGCGAUAUGAGCACGAGACGGUCGCGGGCCGCGGCCGACGAUGACAGCUGUCCGAGGAAGCACGUCGGCGAGACAACGCGGCCAAGCAGCAGGACGUCGCGUGGAUCUCCAGUGUUAAUCAAGGAGCUACCGUCCCCAUGCUUGGCAGCGGUUUUCCCGGACCAACUUUAAAGCCUGCCAGAGCAUGGGCGGCCGAAGAGCCGGCUCGGGCGGGAGCCGGGCGAACGCCGGUGUCCUCAAGGAACGUGCCAACAUGUCGUUCAUGCUGGUCGUCAUGUUCUUCGCUGUGUUCGGCCUGAUCGUCCUCACGGAGAUAUUCCUGAUCGACGAGAGACGCGGCGUGAGCGUAGGCGGCACCGGCGUACUCGGGGGUCACAGAAGCGGUCAUCGAUUGCCAGCUGCGCCCGAUCGUCCGGAUUACGGCGAAGUAGGAGCCGAAGAUUAUGCCGGUUUGAAAGGUAGCUUCGACGAGCACGUCGGGUUAUUGGUUCACGGGGAGGACGGCGGGCAGAAGACGGCGAUACACCCGGAUCCGCGUGGCUUACCGAGCUUACCGCCCAGCUUGGAGGCCCGUCUGCCGCAGUUGGAUCAGAACCUGAAGGUCACGCAUGCCGAAUGGUUGCCAGUUACCAAUACGAGGUUCAAAUUCUUCGUUUACUCGGCGUACUUCGACGACAGAGUCAGCGGCGCCGGCACCCCGGCGGCCAAGAGCCAGGGUGUGGUGCGUGUGAUCAGCGCUACUAAAACCAGAGGUCCGGAACGCGUCUGGUGUAGGCUCUGGUAUCGACAGCAGAACGGCGCGAAUGUCACUGCCUCGGUAACGGUAGCUGCCAAAGUUAAGGUGAUCCGGGAGAAUUGGAAUCUGAAAUACAGUGCCUGCUUCGUGAUAUGUCCGUUGCCUAAAGAAUCCCCGACGGCGGACAAGGUGCCGGAGGCGGUGAGUGUCGUGGCGAGGCUGCGGGCUGCCCCGACGAAUCGCAUCCUCGUGCAGAAUCGCCUCGAGAGCAGAACGAGCGACAAGGAGGCCCUGGCCGUUUGCGUGAAGCCUUUGCAUUAUUAUUACAACAGGGUUUUGCAACUGGUGGAAUUUAUCGAGUUACACCGACUCCUGGGCGCCACUCACGUCACUCUGUACAAUGACACCGUAGGCGCGGCGGCCGGCUGCGCGCUUAAAUAUUACGAGAGCAAGGAUCUGGUUACGGUGUUACCGUGGCAUCAUCUGGACAUGAUUUCCCAGCGGGAAAUUCGCACGGAGGGCCUCUUCGCGGCGCUUAACGACUGCCUCUACCGGUCUAUGUACAAGUACGAGUACGUGGCGCUCGUGGACCUCGACGAGUACAUUAUACCGAGGCACAACGACACCAUAAUCGACCUGCUGCGGUGGAUGGGAAAUCGGAUCAAUAUCAAGUCCACGGGCGCGUUCUCCUUUCAAAACGCCUUCUUCUAUCUGCAAUGGGCCGACGACCCGUUUGUGGUGACCAGCCGCACUCCCACCGAGGCCGGCCUGAUUACCCUGAAGAAGACGCGCCGUCGCACCAAGCUGCACCCGCACAAGCAACGCUCCAAGUACAUCUGCAAGCCGCAGGACGUGGUCGAGGCGGGCAACCACUUCGUCUGGGAGUUCAUCCCGGGUCACGGCACCCUGAACGUGCCGUCGGACGCCGCGAUUCUGCACCACUAUCGCGUAUGCGAGUUCGGCGGCGACGAUUGUAUCAAGACGCAGUCCACCGUCGAUCGCACGGCCUACAAGUACAAGGAUCGGCUCGCCGCGAGCGUGGACAGGACGUGGACGGAGUUGCGCGCCGAGUGCUCGCUGCCGGAGCUCGACCCGGUCCCGGUGUUGACGCCGCGAAUCAAAGUCAGCCCGUUGGGCAAGUCGGUGAGGUAGCGAAAGACCAUCGUCGAG